AUGGAUCAAAAUAACACCAUGAAUCCGAAAAAAUCAUCUGGCAGUGUAUCCAAGAAGGCCAAGAAGUCACAAACGAAGAAGUCACAAAGCAAGAAGCCUCGAACCAAGAAACCUCAAGCUGAGAAGCCACAAGCUGUUAAGGAACCUCAAGCUGUGAAGGAACCUCAGGCUGUUGACCCAGGAACCCAGACGGACAUUCUGCCUCAACGCCCAGAGUUCCCUCUCUUCGGCGAGUUGCAAAUCGAAAUCCGACGUAAGAUUUGGCGGUCAACUUUCGAAUCGAGAAAAGUCAGGCUUCGAUGUGGUUACGUACGACCAACACCAUCCAGCGAGCCCCUUCCUUUCAACAAUCCAUCCCGAGAAUCUGCUAGAGAUCAACUUGUCUGCAAGCAACUAAGGAUUCCUCCUAUCAGCGGAGUUCCGGUCGCCUUUGUCAACAGAGAAAGUCGCGCAGAAACACUCCAAUAUUACGUUCGACUGUACCAGGAUCUUCAUUCACCCGUGGACGGCAUGAACCUUCGGUAUCCUUGUACCAUAUAUUUCAACCCGAAGAUAGAUACCCCCAUCUUCUUCGCAAACGUACCGCAAUACGCGUUCGACAAGAUAAGUCUCUCCCUCGAGAGACUUUUCCCUGCAUACGACCCAGUUGCGGUCGAAGCGAUGAGGAGCAUCCAUAAUGUUGAGACUGAGUUGGCAGGAUCAUCUAUAUCUAAUCAAUAUUCAUAUGAUCUGGAUGGAUGUCGAGAUGCUCUAGCUAUGUUUGAGAAUCUUGAAACGGUGCUCCUGCUGAGUACCAACACGCAUCCCACUUCCUCGUUCAAUAUGGAAGUUUUCUUGACCCAAUAUUUCUGCCGCGAUGGAAAUUACUUGAGUAGUAAUAGCACAAGUCGAGUUCAGUUGCGAUUUUGGUCUCCACCUGAUUGGCUUCUCCAAAAUACCACCCUUGGGGCUCCUCUACCUGAUUGGCUUCAACAAAAUCUCGACUCUGGGUUUCGUUAUGCUUAGACUCACAGGAGACUUCUUGGGUUGAAGAGUAAGGUUUUAAGCAAUACACCUUUAAUUACUGUUUACAAGGACCAAGGACUGCAUGGAGUGUUUGUGAAGGCAGGGCAUAGAUAUCUUGUUUCAUAACAGGGAGAAAAGAUCUCAGGUUUGACUUCCUGUUCUUUGCAGAGUAAGCUGUUCCCAAAUACAAAUACAAUUUGAUAAAAUACAUAUCUCGACGUUCCACUGUGAAAAGAACUUUGCAAUAGGUUUAUGUGCACACUAAUGCAGGUACCAAAGAGUCGAAAGAAUCACUUUGCUCACA